AUGAGCCUCACGGAAGAGCAGACGGACGACGUGCUGUACGCCGCCCGCGCGGGCGACGUCGAGGCGCUGAACGAGACGCUUCAGGCCCUGAACCAGGAUGCUAAGGAGGCCGCGCGCCUUGUGCUCAAGGCGACGAACGAGUCGGGCAACACGCCGCUCCACUUUGCCGCGGCCAAUGGCCACCAGGCGAUCGUCGACGUGCUCCUGCCGGAGGCGGACCUCGCCGCGCUCCUGCGCCAGAACCAGUCGGGAAACACUGCGCUGCACUGGGCGGCGUUUAAUGGACAUGUCGAGAUUGCCGAGGCCCUCGCCAAGCGCGUCGACGCUCUCGAGAUCGCCGAGCCGGAGCAGGCGAAAGAGUUCCGCGCCGCCGAGGACAAGCGCGAGAUGGAGCGCCACAAUACCGCGGCCGCCAAGGCGAAGCCGGAGGACCAGAGCGAGGCAGAUGUCACCGCGGAGCGCGAGCGCCACGAAGAGCAGCAGCGGGAACGUGCGCUGUGGGAUGUGCGCAACGACGCAGGCCGGGGGCCGAUGAGCGAGGCCCAGAUGGUCGACCGCGAGGCGGUGGUCCAGAUGCUUCUUGGACGCCUUGCGCAGCACGACAAGGGCGGUGCCGAGGCGCCGGCUGCUGCGCCGGUCGACGCCGUCGAGGAAAAGACCGCACAGCUGGACAUUGCAUAG